UGGGAGGAGCCGGGCCCGGGCCGGUCGUGCCGCCAUGGGGGUGAUGGUGGACGUGCACCAGCUUUACAAGUAUCCCUUCGAGCAGGUGGUGGCCAUAUACCUCCGCAAGUAUCCCAGUCCCAUGGAGAAAAAUGUCACGGCUGUAAAAACAGUUGAAGAGAAAAAUGAUUUGUCUACAGGAAUUGUUUACAGGAGGAGAAUUGCAACAUGUCAGAAUGUAAUUCCAGAAAUCUUAAGAAAGGUGAGUGUCUUACAAGUGUCUGAGAUCUACUUAGAAGAGGAAUCUUGGCUUAAUGUGCAGGAAAGAAAUAUGCUUCUGAAAACACAUUGCCUUACCUGGACAAAAUUUGCAUCUCUGAGUGAAGAAUCUGUCUUCAGGAAAAGUUUGGAAAAUCCAAAUUGGACAGAGUUCAUACAGAAGGGCAGAAUAUCCAUUACAGGGGCUGGGUUGCUCAACUGCGUAUUGGAAGCUUUUGCUCAAGCAUUUUUCAAUCAAGGUGUGAAGAAGGGAAUUAAAAUAAUGGAGACACUUCUACAGGAACAAUAUGGGUGCCCACUUUCCUAAUAAUGAACAAUAUGUAUGUCGUCGAUUUAAAAAAAAAAAAAAGGAGGAAAAGUAUCUGUCUUAAGUUUCACCAGAGCAAUAUUUCUUUAUUGCUAUCACAGUUCCUACAGAAGUUACUCAAACUUUAUUUGCACCAUUUUAAUUGAGGAAAGGGAAGAUUUCAAAUGCACAGCUUGAAGAAAAGAUGUCCAUUAUCUAUAAGUCCUUUUGGGAAGACUUAAGGAAUUAUGCUAUUUAAAGGGACUUUAUGGUUGUAACUUUGUAAAUAGUAUCAUGGAUUUAUCCUGUUAUCUCCAGACACUAAAAGAGAACAAGUGGCAAGAAAAACCCCCAAAAGCUAUAUAUGCAAUGAAGAGAUCUUCUGUUAACCAGCUGCCUUGAGUCUUGUCAAGAAAGGUAUGAAAAACACUUGCGGACUGUUUGGUUUGAAUCUUAAUUCUUAGGGGCAGAAAUUCUUCUCUACAGCAAGGAGAGAGGUAGUUAGCCAUGUCUUCUACAGAAAGGAGGAUCUUCAGUAAUCUUGUCAAAAGGGGAAUGCAUGUUAAAGAAUUGCCAUGCUGUACGAUUUAACAUUUCCAACUUAUUUGCAGAAGUUUAGGGCUGGAAGGGACCUCGUGAGACCUGCAGAACUUGGAGAAAAAAAAAAGAUUAAAGCUUCUUUUAGAAGUUAUACAUGCAGGCCAUUGAAUUAUGCAAAUAUUCCUUUGAAUGUGAACCAGUACAAAGUUUUCCUGCCGAGUCCAUAGUGAGAGCAAAACAGGUAGCUUGGAGAUAGGUGUGACUGUACCCGUUUGUAACCAUCACUGCAGUGAAAAGAAAACUAAUGAUGACAAUGAAAUGUCAACAUCAGUAUUUUGGUGCUCAUCAUUUUGAUAGAAACAUCCAAGUUACAUACCUGUGCCAGUGUGGUAGGAUUCGUUUGGAAGGAUGUUCUACAAAUAUAAAUAUGUCACUGUUCUGGCAGAUGUUUUCUUUUUGUUGCCUUCUGAUAGGAGAAGAGGGAAACGAAUGGGAUUAGGAAGUCUCUGAGUAAAGUCCUUAAAGAAUGAGUGAGAUCUCAUGGACAGAGGUACAUGCAUUUCAAUAGAACAAUUUUGGUUAAAACUUCCAUUCAAGAUGCAGGUAACUUUGGGUCAGAAUUUGUCAUGCCAAAUAAUGCCUUUCUCCACAAUUUAGGAAGUAUAAAAUGGU